CGAGUUUGUCCCGAAAUGGCUGGUCAAGUAAAUCUAGCGGUUGGGUGUCUUGUUUGGAUUGAGGAUCCUGAGGUAGCCUGGAUAGAUGGGGAAGUAGUGGAAGUUAAUGGUCAAGAUAUCAGAGUACUCUGUUCAUCAGGAACUACUGUUGAGGCCAAAUCAUCAAAUGCCUAUCCAAAGGAUCCUGAAUUUCCAUCAUGUGGUGUGGAUGAUAUGACAAAACUAGCUUAUUUACACGAGCCAGGACUGCUACAGAACUUGAAAUGUCGUUAUGAUGUUAAUGAAAUUUAUACCUAUACUGGGGGUAUACUAAUAGCCGUAAAUCCUUUUCGAAGACUUCCUCAUUUAUAUGAUAAUGGCAUAAUGCAACAAUAUAAAGGGGCGGAUUUAGGUGAGCUGAGCCCGCAUCCCUUUGCCAUUGCAAAUUCUGCAUAUAGACAGAUGAUUAAUGAGGGUAUAAGCCAGUCAAUUUUAGUUAGCGGGGAAAGUGGAGCUGGUAAAACGGAGAGUACAAAGAUGCUUAUGCGCUAUCUUGCCCAUGUUGGAGGGAGAGAUGGAGGGAAGUCUGCAACUGGUGAACGCUCUGUAGAGCAGCAAGUACUAGAGUCCAACCCUGUUCUAGAAGCAUUUGGCAAUGCAAAGACUGUUAGAAACAAUAAUUCCAGUCGGUUUGGUAAAUUUGUGGAGAUCCAAUUUGACCGAAGUUGGAGAAUUUCUGGAGCUGCUAUUAGAACUUAUUUAUUAGAACGUUCCCGUGUUUGCCAAGUGUCUGAUCCUGAGAGGAAUUAUCAUUGCUUUUAUAUGCUUUGUGCAUCAACAGAGGAAGUUGAAAAGUAUAAGUUAGGGAAUCCAAGAACAUUCCAUUAUCUUAAUCAAUCUAAUUGCUAUGAACUUGAUGGACUGGACGAUUCCAAGGAAUAUACUUCUACUAGAGAAGCUAUGGAUGUCGUUGGAAUAAGUACAGCUGAGCAGGAUGCUAUAUUUCGAGUGGUAGCUGCAGUACUUCAUUUGGGCAAUGUUGAAUUUGCAAAGGGGAAGGAUGCGGAUUCCUCUGAACCUAAGGAUGACAAAGCUCGGUUCCAUCUCAAAAUGGCAGCAGAACUAUUCAUGUGUGAUGAGAAGGCUCUUGAAGAUUCAAUGUGUACUCGUGUGAUAGUUACACGUGAUGAAACCAUAACUAAAUGUCUCGAUACAGUAUCUGCAACUCUUAGUAGGGAUGCUUUGGCAAAAAUCGUAUAUUCAAGAUUAUUUGAUUGGAUUGUUGAUAAGAUUAAUAACUCAAUUGGCCAAGAUCGUGAUUCAAAACACUUAAUCGGGGUUCUGGAUAUCUAUGGAUUCGAGAGUUUCAAGACAAACAGUUUUGAGCAAUUUUGUAUUAAUCUGACAAAUGAGAAAUUGCAGCAACAUUUCAACCAGCAUGUGUUCAAGAUGGAGCAAGAAGAAUAUACAAAAGAAGAAAUUAACUGGAGUUAUAUUGAAUUUAUUGAUAAUCAGGAUGUUCUUGAUCUCAUUGAGAAGAAACCUGGUGGCGUCAUUGCGCUUCUGGAUGAGGCUUGCAUGUUUCCGAGAUCCACACAUGAGACUUUUGCUCAGAAACUAUAUCAAACUUUUAGGGACCAUAAGCGAUUUAGUAAGCCUAAAUUGUCACGAACUGACUUCACAAUUUGUCAUUAUGCUGGCGAUGUUACGUACCAAACUGAACUCUUCUUGGACAAAAACAAAGAUUAUGUUGUUGCGGAGCAUCAAGCACUGUUGGGUGCUUCUAAGUGCUCCUUUGUUGCAGGGCUAUUCCCCCCUUUACCUGAAGAAACCUCCAAAUCAUCCAAGUUCUCAUCAAUAGGGACUAGAUUUAAGCAACAACUUCAAACUUUGCUCGAGACACUAAAUGCUACUGAGCCACACUACAUACGCUGUGUAAAGCCAAACAAUCUUCUUAAACCAUCCAUCUUUGAGAAUAAUAAUGUUUUACAGCAGCUCCGAUGUGGGGGAGUCAUGGAAGCAAUCAGGAUCAGUUGUGCUGGAUAUCCCACCAGGAAGACGUUUGAUGAAUUUAUUGGUCGGUUUACUAUCUUGGCACCUGAUGUUUUGAAGGGGAGCUCUGAUGAAGCCAAUGCGUGUAAGAAGCUUUUGGAGAAAGUUAACCUUAAUGGGUAUCAGAUUGGUAAAACCAAAGUGUUUCUUAGGGCUGGUCAAAUGGCACAAUUAGAUGGCUGCCGAACUGAGGUCUUGGGAAGAUCUGCUAGUGUUAUCCAAAGGAAAGUUCGCUCAUAUUUGGAACGGAAUCGUUUUAUUUCGUUGCGGUUGGCUGCUAUACAAAUUCAAGCACUUUGUAGAGGGGAAGUUGCACGCCAGCAGUAUGAAAACAUCAGAAUGGAAGCUGCUUCUAUCAAAAUCCAAAAGUAUUGGCGCAUGUGUUCUGCCCGAAGUUCCUAUAAAAGAUUGCGCUCUUCAGCUGUAGCUAUUCAGGCUGGUAUCCAUGGCAUGGUUGCUCGUAAAGAGCUCAAGUUCAGGAGGGAUACAAGAGCUGCAAUUAUCAUUCAGAGUCGAUGUCGGCAAUACUUGGCCCGUAUGCAUUAUUUAAGGUUAAAAAAAGCUGCGAUUACCACUCAAUGUGCUUGGAGAGCAAGAGUUGCACGCAGAGAACUUCGCAAGCUUAAAAUGGCUGCUAAGGAAACUGGCGCUCUCCAAGCUGCCAAAGAUAUGUUGGAAAAGCAAGUGGAAGAACUAACAUUGAGAUUGGAGCAAGAGAAACAAAUGAGGGCUGACAUGGAGGAUGCCAAGACUCAAGAAAACACAAAAUUGAAGUCUGCUUUGGAAGAAAUACAAACUCAAUUUCAGGAAACGAAAGCACUGCUUAUUGAGGAACGUGAAGCUGCAAAGAAAGUAGUUGAGGAACGUGAAGCUGCAAAGAAAGUAGUUGAGGAAAUCCGUGAAGCUUCAAAGAAAGUAGUUGAGGAAGUCCCAAUAGCUGCAAAGAAAGUAGUUGAGGAAGUCCCAGUAGCUGCAAAGGAAGUAGUUGAGGAAGUCCCAGUAGCUGCAAAGAAAGUAGUUGAGGAAGUCCCAAUAGCUGCAAAGGAAGUAGUUGAGGAAGUCCCAGUAGCUGCAAAGGAAGUAGUUGAGGAAGUCCCAGCGAAGCAAGUAGUCGAGGAAGUCCCAGUAGCUGCAAAGGAAGUUGUUGAGGAAGUCCCAGUAGCUGCAAAGAAAGUAGUUGAGGAAGUCCCAGUAGCUGCACAGAAAGUAGUUGUGGAAGUCCCAGUCAUACAGGAGGUUCCAGUUGUUGAUCAUGAGCUUAUCAAUAAGCUAACUACUGAAAAUGAAGAACUUAAGGCUCUUGUUAGUUCUUUGGAAAGUAAAAUUGAUGAAACAGAAAGGAAAUUUGAGGAAAGUAACAGACUUAGUGAAGAGCGGCUGAAGCAGGCUACGGAGGCAGAGUCAAAGAUAAUAGAAUUAAAGACUGCCAUGCAAAGGCUUGAGGAAAAGUUAUCUGACUUGGAAACUGAGGACCAAAUUCUGAGGCAGCAAGCACUGCAAAAGCCUCCUUCAAGAAAAAUGUCUGGACAUAUAACAAUGCAGCCUUUGGAGAAUGGCCACCUUGAAUUAUUAAGCAAUGCACCAUCAAAAAAGUAUGGUACCGAUGCUGAUGCAAAAUUGAGGAGAUCCCAAAUUGAAAGGCAGAACGAAGGCAUGGAUGCUCUAUCGAAAUACUUAACACGGGAUCUUGGGUUCAGUGAGGGAAAACCUGUUGCUGCUUUUGUAAUUUAUAAAUCUCUUCUCCAUUGGAGAUCAUUUGAAGCAGAAAAAACAAGUGUAUUUGAUCGUCUUAUUCAGAUAAUUGGUUCUGCAAUUGAGAAUCAGGAUGAUUAUGAUCACAUGGCUUAUUGGUUAUCCAACACAACUACAUUGUUGUUUCUUCUUCAAAAGAGUUUAAAAGCCACACCACGAAAGCCUCCCACCCCGACAUCAUUGUUUGAGCGAAUGACCCAAGGGUUUCGUUCAUCUUCUGCCAACCUUCCAGUUGGCACCCUUGAUGUUGUGCGGCAAGUUGAAGCCAAAUAUCCUGCUCUACUUUUCAAGCAGCAGCUAACAGCGUAUGUAGAAAAGAUAUAUGGAAUAGUUAGAGACAACCUGAAGAAGGAACUAUCGCCGUUGCUUUCAACUUGUGUCCAAGCUCCCAAAACUUCGGAAGAGAAUAUUGAGGAAUCAUCUGACGAGGCAAAGAGUAGCAGCCUUCUCAAUAGUUCAUGGGGCAGCAUCAUCCAUCACCUUAAUCAUCAUCUUAGUAGAUUGCAGACGAACUUCGUGCCUUCCGUUUUGGUCCAGAAGAUAUUCACUCAGGUUUUUUCAUACAUCAACGUACAGCUUUUCAAUAGUCUUCUACUUCGUCAAGAGUGCUGCACGUUUAGUAAUGGAGAAUAUGUGAAGUCAGGACUUGCUGAGUUAGAGAGUUGGUGUACCCAAGCCAAAGAAGAGUAUGUCGGGUUAUCUUGGGAUGAGCUAAAACCAGUGAGGCAAGCUGUUGGAUUCUUGGUUAUUCACCAGAAGUCUAGAAUAUCUUAUGAUGAAAUUACAAAUGACCUCUGUCCAAUAUUAAGCGUUCAGCAGCUUUAUAGAAUAUGUACUCUUUAUUGUGACGACAAUUACAAUACCAGAAGCGUAGCUGAAGAGGUUAUUUCUAGCAUGAAGGUUUUGAUGCCCGAAGAUACCAAUGAUGAAGACAAUAAUUCCUUUUUGUUGGAUGACAAUUCCAGCAUACCUUUCUCAGUCGAUGACAUAUCCAGUUCCUUGCAAGAUAAGAAUUUUCAAGAUAUUAAGCCUCCAGCAGAACUACUUGAGAAUCCGGUCUUCCAAUUUUUACAGGAAUAAGGCUAUGGUUCUUAUUUAUAUAAUGAUCCACGGUGCCUCGUACCAGUCUUUGCCCUCUGUAAAUCCAAUUCAAUUUUGUUCAAAAAAAGAAAAAAAAAUGAAAAAAAUCAUUUCACUACCAUUGUAACAUCCAUUGCACUGGAUGUAAAGUUCAUUAUUUAGAGCUGUAUAAUGUCGUUAGGCUGGUUUCGAAUAGUUCAGAAGGGAGAGGGAAAUCAGAGAUAGGUUUAAGCUUUCCAUUUGUUAUUUGUUUUAUUCUUUUCAGUUCAACUUUUCUGUCAUAUUUAGAGGGAUAUUUAGGGUCACAGCAUCAAUGUAGUGAUGUGUAGGAUGUCUGAGAUUGAUCCAAUAUAUUGGGACAAUGGCUCCUUUGCCUCCCCAGUUUUAUUUUGUACAAAGUGACAGAUCAUCUCAAAGAUAUAUUUACUUGAUAUCCAUCUCUUCUUGAACUUA